AAGUUUGAAACUAGCUUACAAACGUCAGUUACAAAUAUUAUAACAAUUCUCCUAGUAAUAUUAAUAAAAGACUUAAUUUUUUUUAAACAAAAAGACUUAAAUAUUAAAACAAUUCUCCUAUUAAUACAAACAAAAUAAUUAUUGCAUCAAAAAAAAAAAAAGACUUAAAUUUUUUUUGAAAUAAAAAGACUUAAAUUUUUUUUCCUUUGUUUUAUCAGUUUCGCUCCAAGUUCUCACGCAGCUUUCAGUUUCGCUCCUCCUUCAUCCCACAGUUUCGUGAUUUUGCUCCAACAAAUUCCAUUUAGUUUGCAUAAUUUUUGAAUUUGGGUUCAGCUUUAUUGGUUCUAUAUCAAGUUAGCUGAGUAAUUUCGAUUGUGAUUGUGUACUCCUCCAUCAACAAAGAGCGUCUUCUUCUCAACUUUGAUCUCCAACGUUUUAAGAGCCCUAAAGACACUUCUAGAUCAAGGAGCAUAAAUAUGGCCAUUCAACAAAGUCAAGAGCAAACUUCCUCAAGCCAAGAUGUUGCUUUGCAAGCCAUAUCAUCUAAGAAGAGGAGUAGGGGGCCAUCAAAGGCAAUACAAUCAAGUAAGCCUAUGGUGCUUGAACUCAAUGAUUAUGACUUGCCUACUGGUGAAUGGGAACCCGUUUAUGGAAAACAAAUUGGUGCAUGUUCUAAGAGAUUAGACAUCACUGUGAAUGAGUAUGCAAAAAUAGAUAAAGUGGAUCGGGAAAAUAUAUGGGAGGAGACAAAGCGAAUGUUCCACAUUGAGGAUCCAAGUGGAGAAAGGCAAAAAAGGUUUCAUAGUGCUGUGGCUUCGCGAUUCAGCUGUCACAAGUCGAAUUUAAGGGCACGAUUCAUCACUUUUAAAAACCCAUACCCGGCCACUUCUCCUAAAGCAAAUAUGAAGCCAUGGGAAGUGUAUGAAGGUUACUUUACAGAGGAGAAAUGGAAGAGGUUCAAAAUAUAUAGUAAAUCAGCAGAAUUCAAGGAAAAGAGUGAAAAGGGGAAGGAAAAUGCAAAGCUAAACAAAUGUCGCCAUCACUUGGGUCGAAAUAGUUUUCAAAGAGCUCGGAUAAUUUGGAAUAAGCAAAAGAGACUUGAAAAUAGAUUUCCUGCUCUGGCAGAAUCUUCAACUACUGGCAACACUUCCCAGAGCAGUACAUCAACUGGUUCUAUUUUUGAUCGUCGGGCUCUUGAGUGGGUUUUAGCUCAUGAAAAGCGGUUGCCAGAUGGAACAUGGGGCAUCGACCCAAAAGAUACGGAGACUAUUCGAAUUGCCAAUAUAGUUGAAGAGAACUUGCAAAAACAAGCAAAGGAAUCUGAGGAAGGAGAGUGUAAACAAUCAGAGCGAGGCGUUGAUGCCCUUACUUUGGCAUUUGGGAAAAAGGACCAUCGUGGAUUUGUGAAAGGACUUGGUGGAUGUGGGAUUGGUGUCGGCUAUAGAAAAGCAUUUGGCCCGGUAAAAGGUAAAAACAUGUCUAAAAGUGGUUGCUCAUUACAAGAACUAGAUGAAUUUAAAGAGAACUUAACUCGGGAAUUUGAAGAAAAAUUAAAGGAAGGCAUUGCAGCAGCUGUAAAUUCUUAUCUUUCUGAUUUCAUACCACACAUUACUGCAAUGAUUUGCAAGUAAAUGAUGCUCAACCUUCCCCAUCUUCCUCAACCAAUCCAACAGAGCUAAGUCCUCGCUUGUUAGAGGUUUGUGGAGCUGGUUGGUAUUGUUUGCAGAAUUUGCUGUUGGAGUGGUAUUCUUUUUCUUGCUAUUUGAUGUAUUUAUUGAAGAUAAAAGUUAGUAUUGACCUUUUGUUGUUCAUACAAUGGAUUGUAUCUAAGCUUCUUAAUUUUGUAUCUAAGCUUUUUCAUUCAUAUAUGUGAGAAUUUAACUUGACAUGUGUUAAAACAACAAAAUGAUUUAUGAUUUCACUCAUUCAUAUCUGGAAUGAUGCUAUUUAGCCUACAAGAAAUGCAACACAAAACACAAACUAGUAGAUACCACUAAUGAUUGCAGUAGCACAGUCCUUUUCUGGCAGUCAACUUAUUGCAAAGUAUAUAAAAUUUAUCCUCUAAAAUUAACAAAUCUAUUACAAGAUCAGUAGUGGAGCCAGAAUAGCAUUCAAGAUAUUCUAAUCCUUUAAUAAAGUCAGCUUUUAAAAAACUCACAGUAGCAUAAUCUUGUAAGCAUAAUCUCAGUUUCAUAUUCAUAUAUGGAGAGUUGGAGAUUGUAGCAGGUCUAAUAGAUUGGAUUAGGGUGCUAGUGUUUGUUAAUGUUACGAGUAAUUUCAACUUAAUUCCUGAGUUUUAUUAUUAAUUUGAACCAAGAAGGAUGACUUUGAUAAAUUAAACAUAUGAGGUGUGACAGGGUUUUUGGAGUCUAUCAGAUUGGAGGUGGAACAGGGUCCAAUGGAUUUAAUUAGGGUGCUAAUGUUUGUUAUUUAUGAGUAAUUUCAAUGUAAAUCCGAGAGAAAUAUUAUUAUCUGGUACCAAGAAGAAUGACAAGGAUAUAUUAUGCACAUGAGGUGUGAAAGUGUGUUUGGAUUCUUGUUAGGUGUUGGAAGAUCAGAUAUCAUGCAAGAUACCGCUCUCAUAUAAUUAAAAGGCACAUUCAAGAGCUGUCAGAUUCUCAGAUAGACCAUAUCAACAUGGAGUAGGUUUGGUGUAUUCUUGUGAUGAUUUAGCAUUAAAACCUGAGACAUAUUAGCAACAAUUUUGACAUGAGCUUGUCAUUGUUGCUCAUUGUUGCUUCUCACAGAUGCUCAUUGCUGCUUCUCACAAUUUACCCUUGGUGUAUUCAUGCUGGUUUGCCAUUUCAUGAUGAGGGUAUUUUAAGUUUGGCAUGAUAUUAGCCAGCUUAGAUUCUUUUUUUCCUUAGUUCGAAGUUCCUCUUGCUUUGUGAUAUAUAUAUAUUCUGCAAAUACAUCAUACUGUGAAUUUUGCGGAGGUUGUCCAUUAAGUACCCCUGCCCCCUUCCCCCCUGCCUGACCCAUAUGUUCCUUCCAAAACCCAUUUGCCAGAGGUCAAUUUAACAAAACAUCAGUUUUAGUACAAAGAAUCUUACUUGCUUUUAUUUCUCAUACUUAGCUUAUUAGUUGUUAACUGUAGAUUAUGCUUUCAUGUUUCUUACGACAUGAUGAAUU